GAGAUAACCCAGAUUAAUGAAAAAUCAAGUAGACGUUAGGCUGAAAAGUAUCUGUCAAAAUGAAUGUUAUCUUGGCAAUAAAACAGUAUAUUAGUAAAAUGAUCGAAGAAAGUGGACCUGGAAUGAAGGUCCUGCUGAUGGACAAGGAAACGACCAGUAUUGUGAGCAUGGUGUAUGCACAGUCAGAAAUUCUACAAAAGGAAGUGUACUUGUUUGAAAGGAUAGAUUCCUCUGGACGUGAAACAAUGAAACAUCUAAAAUGUAUCACAUUUCUCCGACCAACAAAAGAAAAUGUGGAACUUCUUUCCCAAGAGCUGCGAAUGCCCAAAUAUGGAUUGUAUUACAUUUAUUUUAGUAAUGUUAUCAGCAAACAGGAUGUGAAAGUUUUAGCAGAAGCUGAUGACCAAGAGGUUGUGCGAGAAGUCCAGGAAUUCUUUGGUGAUUACAUAGCAGUAAACCCCCACCUGUUUACACUAAACAUUCCAGGAUGUUGUCAAACUCUUAACUGGUCUCCUGGAACAUUAUCAAGGACAGUUGAAGGACUAACAUCAGUGUUGCUGUCACUCAAGAAGUGUCCCAUAAUACGCUACCAGAACUCUUCAGAAAUGGCCAGGAGACUUGCAGAAAAUGUCAGGAAUACCAUAAACAGAGAAGCAGCCCUGUUUGAAUUUCGUAAAACAGAUGUAGCUCCAGUACUGGUGAUUUUAGACAGACGAGACGAUGCUGUAACACCACUUCUUAAUCAGUGGACAUACCAAGCUAUGGUUCAUGAGCUUCUAGGAAUAAACAAUAAUCGCAUCAAUCUGUCAGAUGUGCCUGGAAUUUCCAAAGACUUGAAAGAAGUAGUCUUAUCUGCUGAGCAUGAUGAAUUUUAUGCCAAUAAUAUGUACAAUAACUUUGGAGAAAUAGGAACAAACAUAAAAGAACUUAUGGAGGAGUUCCAGCAAAAAUCACAAAGUACAGCAAAAGUAGAGUCUAUUUCUGAUAUGAAGGCAUUUAUUGAAAAUUACCCUCAGUUUAAGAAGAUGUCGGGUACAGUAGCAAAGCAUGUCGCUGUAGUAGGAGAGUUGUCUCGAUUAGUCAAUAAGCACCACCUGAUGGAGGCAUCAGAACUUGAACAGGAACUAGCCUGUCAAGGGGAUCACUCAGCAUGUUUACAGAGGAUAAAAUCUCUGUUGUCCAGUGACAAGCUUCAGCAAAUGGACAUGCUACGUCUGAUUAUGUUGUAUGCCUUGCGGUAUGAGAGUCACAGUAACAAUGAUAUAUCAGGACUGCUGGAUGUACUACGCAAAAGGGGAGUCAGUGAUAAACUGAGAAAUGUCAUCCCGGCUGUCUUGGAGUAUGGUGGUCGCAAAGCACGAGGAAGUGACCUGUUUGGUAAUCAAGAUGCGGUAGCUAUUACCAAGAAAUUUUUCAAAGGGUUGAAGGGAGUUGAAAAUAUAUACACCCAACAUAAACCAGUUAUGCAUAAUGUUUUGGAUCAACUAGUGAAGGGAAAGUUGAAAGAAGGAACUUUUCCUUACUUGGGUACAAGUGUCCUGAAAGAAAGGCCACAGGAUAUAAUCGUAUUCAUGAUUGGGGGAGCCACUUAUGAGGAAGCUUUGACAGUACACACCCUCAAUAGAUCCACGCCUGGAGUUAGAAUAGUUCUAGGAGCGACUUCUAUUCUCAAUCUCAAAAGCUUUAUGGAGGAAGUCAUGCAAGCUGUCCGAAGCCAGUCCUCAAACCGCUUAGGAACACGAUGGUGAAAUUGAAACAAGUGAUUUUGUCACAAACAGCUACAGAGAUCAGAUCAGAGACAGAUAUUGUGAUAGAGUUAUUGAGCAAAAAAAGACCAUCAAUUUGGUAUUGUUUCUUUUAUAAAACUGAUAAUGAUCUUUAUAAUUUAAUGUUAUAUUUACGUUGAUAGUAAAUGGGGACUGUCGAACUAUUGUAGUAUAUCAUUGAAUAUGAUUGUAAUACAUGUGCAUAAUUAUACAUUGUGCAACAUGGUUUACUGUGAUUGAAGCGCAAGAUUUCAGACAAAGUUUCGGUAUACAUGUAUGUAGAUGUUGCAAGAAGGGAAUAGGAAGUUUUGCCAUUGAGAAAUGAAAAAGAGAAACUGCAUUGUAAAAUUGUCUGUCUCAGUUUGGGAUAUGAAAUAAAACAGUGUUAUACUUAUAUGUACUUUAUAUAUAUAACCUUGCCUUUUCACCUUCAUGCUUUGAUUUAUGGUAUCAGAAGAAGGACAUUUGCACAGAAAAAUAAGAUUCCAUUGUAGACAUCAGAUUUUUCAAGUUUUCUUCUCAUUGAAAUUGACAUGAAGCUCUUAUAUGUACCUUUAAAAUGUGGGAAGGCUGAAGUAUCAUUAAGAACCCCACCCCCACCCCCUAAUGUAUCUUAAUAGUUUUUUUGUCAUUUGAAAGCAUUUUGGUACAAUUUUUUAUUGAAUUUUAUUUUGUUCAUUCUGCAUUCCCUUGUAACAAAAAGGGUAAUAAAAAUAAAUUUUUAAUUCAGAAACGUAUACUGGAGGGGGAAAAGACGGGGUUUAGAGGAAAAGGGGGAUAGGAGUGGAAAGUGGAGGAGGAGAGAGGUCAUUGGGGAGGGAUGAGGAGAGAAGAAGAGAGAGGAAAAAGAGAAAAAACUGGCUAGAGAAGGGAGGGGUGGGAAGUGGGAGAGGUAGAUUCCCCAUUCCACCCCCAACCAGGGAAACUAUUUUGUGGAAGAGAGCAAAACAUGCACACAUUUGUGCAGUUCUCAAAGUAGUUUAUAGAAAUGUCUUGCACCAAGCAAUAUCACUUCAAAGGUCAACAAUUCUUAGGUUAGCUUUGAACAUGUAUACCUAUCCAUGAAAAUUCAGUUUAGAAUACACGACUGAGUGAAAGGUAUGACAGGAGAUUUGGCAUUUUAGGUGUCAGUGUAUUAUGUUUUGUUGGAUUAUAGGAUGAAACUUUGGCUUCAGCCUCAGAGAAAGUUCAGUCCUCAGGUCACUUGUUGCCCUCGAACCCAGUCAACAAAAUUUGUACAGAUUGUACUGGUACUCGACAGUAAAGUGAUGGAAAUGGACAGUACUUGUUUAUUUUUAUAAGGGUCUGUGCAAUAUGUAAAUUGAAUUAAGUAUAUAUACAUUUACAUUGUAUAUGGCAUUGUCACACAGCAAUUAUAAUAAACUACUUAAACAUGAAA